AUGACAGGAUCAGGCAAUGCCACACUGACCAUCUUGGGCACCGGAAACAUCACCAAACCCAUUGUCAAGAAUCUGCUCCCAGCUAUCAAAAAUGGCAAGACAGAUCUCCCUUUCACCAGGAUCAUCGCUUGUGUGCGGUCAGAAGCCUCAGAGAAGAAACUCAAUCAGCAAUUCUCAGAGUACAGCACUGCCCUGACUGUGUCGCGCGGUGAUAAUGUCACUGCUGUGCAGCAAGGCCAUGUGAUCAUUCUGGGCGUUGAUCCGGCCGAUAUUGAGAGUGUCCUCACUCAAGAUGGCAUUCGUGAAGCUUUAUCUGGAAAACUUCUUAUCAGUGUCGCUGCUGGCUGGACCAAGGAAAAGAUUGAAGCCACCAUCUAUGGCAGCGAGACGACCAAAGACAAUUGGUCUGGUCGAGCAUGGGUCAUUCGUACACUGCCCAACAUCGCAUGCAUGGUUUCAGAGGGUCUCAUCGCCAUCGAGAAAUCUCCUUCCGAGCCUGAAGUGCCCCAGGAACACCGUGAUCUCGCCAAAGCCAUCUUUACAACCAUCGGCGAAACAGUCGAAGUGCCCCCACGUCUCAUGAAUGCGACCACCGCUGUCGGAGGCUCAACCCCUGCAUUCUGGGCCAUCAUUUGCGACGCUUUCAUUGAUGCCUCUGUGGCUGUUGGUGUCCCACGCGCUGACGCCCAGAAGAUGAUCUACCAAUCCAUGAAGGGUUCUGCCGCCAUGCUACAGAGUGGCUUGCAGCCGGGAGAUCUUAGAGAUCAGGGAACAUCACCUGAGGGCUGCACUAUUGGAGGUAUCAUGGUUCUGGAAGAAGCUGGUGUCAGGGGUCAUCUUGGACGGGCACUAAGGGAAGCUGUCACUACGGCGCGUCUUAUGGAGACGACCGCACAUGUGAAUGAUACACGCCCUACUUCAUAG